CGAGCUUCUCCCGCCCCUCGCCGGUCUCCUCCCUCUGUUGAAAGCUGCCCGGGAAAGUGGUGGCGGGAGCGGGCCGGGCCCGAGCGCGGCGUGGGUCUGGGCGCGUGUUGCCGGCCGUGGGGGCAGGUGGGAGGUUGGGUUUGAGCGCCAGAGGCUCGCGGUGUGGACGCUGCGGGGUUGCGAGGCUGGCGCGGGUGUGCAGGUGUUAGGGCCGGCUCCGCGGUGGGCCGCCGCGGGGCUGAUUCCGUCGGUCACUGGCUUUUCUUCUCUUCCGGUCCGGGCCUCAGGGUGGCCAACAUGACGGCCCCGGGUCGGAGCCCCCUGGCGCCGCUGUUGGAGACGUUGGAGGACUCUUCCGCCUCCCCUGGAGAGCAGACUGACGCUUAUUUGGCUUUGACCAGUCGUAUGACUGGAGAAGAAGGAAAAGAAGUCAUUACAGAAGUUGAGAAAAAAAUUCCUCGGUUGUACAAAGUUCUAAGGACUCAUAUUUCAAGUCCAAACUUGGAGCUGAGUAGUGCUGCUCUACAGGCCUUGGGGUUUUGCUUGUAUAAUCCUAAAGUUACCUCAGGAUUAUCAGAGGCAAAUAUUCAGGAACUGCUUUCCAAAUUAAAUGAUAUUGUUAAGAGUUCGGACAAAAAUGUACGUACCAGGGCACUUUGGGUCUUAUCCAAGCAGACGUUUCCUACUGAACUUGUUGGCAGAGUGGUAUCCAAUAUAAUUGAUUCAUUAGAAAUAGUAUAUAAUAAAGGAGAGAUACAUUCUGCCAUUGUUGAUUUUGAAGCAUUAAAUGUUAUCAUAAGGCUAAUUGAACAAGCCCCAGUUCAAAUGGGAGAAGAAUCAGUGAGAUGGGCCAAACUAGUUAUACCGUUAGUAGUUCAUUCAGCACAAAAGGUACAUCUACGGGGUGCAACUGCUUUGGAGAUGGGAAUGCCUUUGUUGCUCCAGAAGCAACAAGAAAUAGCAUCUAUUACAGAGCAGCUUAUGACUACUAAAUUAUUCUCAGAACUCCAGAAGCUAUUUAUGAAUAAAAAUGAGACCUAUGUAUUAAAAUUAUGGCCUUUGUUUGUCAAACUUCUUGGAAAGACCUUGCAUCGAAGUGGAAGCUUCAUCAAUUCUUUAUUACAGCUGGAAGAACUAGGAUUUCGUAGUGGAACACCUAUGAUUAAAAAAAUAGCUUUUAUUGCAUGGAAGAGCUUAAUAGAUAAUUUUGCUUUAAAUCCGGAUAUACUUUGUAGUGCAAAAAGACUCAAGUUGUUGAUGCAGCCUUUGAGUUCCAUCCAUGUGAGAACAGAAACUCUAGCAUUAACUAAACUAGAAGUGUGGUGGUAUUUAUUGAUGAGACUGGGACCUCAUCUUGCUGCUAAUUUUGAACAGGUUUGUGUGCCUCUUAUUCAGAGCACAAUAAGCAUCGAUUCUAGCACUUCCUCUCGUGUAGCUACUUCUCCUGGUAUGAGUCCUAUGACUCCUGUAACCAAAGGUGCUUCCACUUACGGAGUUCCUGUGACUCCCCGGAUGAACUUGAUCUCAAACUUAGGUGGAAUGGCCGCAAUUCCUUCCAUUCAGCUUUUGGGACUUGAGAUGUUACUUCAUUUUUUGUUGGGUCCAGAAGUCUUGAAUUUUGCUAAGCAAAACAAACUUGUUUUGAGCUUAGAGCCACUUGAACAUCCCUUAAUCAGCAGCCCUUCUUUUUUCUCCAAACAUGCAAAUAUACUUAUUACUGCUGUUCAUGAUAGCUUUGUUGCAGUUGGAAAAGAUGCUUCUGAUGCAGUUCUCAGUGCUAUCUGGAAAGAGCUGAUUGGCUUGGUCAAGUCAGUUACUGAAUCAGGUAACAAAAAAGAGAGACCAGGUUCUGAGGUUUUGACUGUUUUACUAAAAUCUUUGGAAGGCAUAGUGAAGUCAGAAGUAUUUCCUGUUUCAAAAGCAUUGAUCCUCAUGGAAAUUGCGGUUAAAGGACUUCCCCAGAAAGUAUUAGGUUCACCGGCAUAUCAGGUUGCUAAUAUGGAUAUUCUUAAUGGAACUCCAGCAUUGUUCUUAAUUCAGUUAAUUUUCAGUAAUCUUCUGGAGUGUGGUAUAGCAGAUGAAAAGUUUUUUCUCAAUCUGGAAACACUUGUAAGCUGUGUGCUUUCUGGUCCAACUUCACCACUGGCUUUCAGUGACUCUGUUUUAAAUGUUAUUAAUCAAAAUGCAAAGCAGUUGGAUAACAAGGAACAUCUCUGGAGAAUGUGGAGUAUUAUAGUCACCCCAUUAACUGAAUUGAUUAAUCAGACCAAUGAAGUGAAUCAAGGUGAUGCCUUAGAACAUAAUUUUAGUGCCAUCUAUGGUGCAUUGACUUUACCAAUAAACCAUAUUUUUUCAGUACAGAAAUUUCCAGUGGCUACAGUGAAGACCUUACUUAAAACUUGGUCAGAAUUAUAUAGAGCAUUUGCCCGCUGUGCAGCUUUGGUGGCAACAGCAGAAGAGAAUUUGUGCUGUGAGGAACUUUGUUUCAAGAUAAUAUCCAGUAUGGAAGAUGAAGACUUUAUAAAUUUGUUGUUUUUGGAUAGGAUCGUUCAUGUUAUUACUGUUAUGGUUGAUUGCAUUGACUUUUCACCGUAUAAUGCUAAAUAUCAGCCCAAAGUUAAAUCACCACAGAGACCUUCAGAUUGGUCCAAAAGGAAGAAGGAGCCCCUAGGGAAAUUGGCUUCUUUAUUUAAACUUAUUGUGAGAGUGAUCUAUUCUUUCCACACUCUGAGCUUCAAAGAAGUACAUUCUGAUACUCUGCUGGCUAUUGGCGUCUCAGUCACCAACAUUAUUUCCAAUGUGCUUGGACAUAUUUCUUUACCUUCUGUAAUCCGAAAAAUAUUUGCAACUUUAACAAGACCUCUGGCAUUAUUUUAUGAAAAUGCAAAGCUUGAUGAAGUUCCUAAAGUUUAUGGUUGUCUGAACAACAAGUUAGAAAAGCUACUAGGAGAAAUUAUUGCAUGUCUGCAGUUCAACUACUCUGGAACUUAUGACAGUGAAUUUCUUGAGCAACUCUCCCCACUAUUACGCAUAAUAUUUCUGCAUAAGAAUAAACAGAUUCGCAAACAGAGUGCUCAGUUCUGGAAUGCCACAUUUGCUAAAGUGACAACAUUGAAUUAUCCUGAAGAGUUAAAACCAAUACUGAGACAAGCCAAACAAAAAUUUCUGCUGCUUUUACCUGGUUUGGAAAACGUUGAAAUGAUGGAGGAAUCCAGUGGGCCAUUUUCAGAUGCAACAGAAAAUUCACAGUUAAAUCUGAAGAUAAGUGGCAUGGAAAGAAGAGGAAGUGGAAAAAGAGAUUCUUUGUUGUCACAAACAAAGGAUAAGAAGGAAAACAUGAAGCCAUCAGGCAAACUGAAAUUAGAUUCUUCAUCUUCAAAAGUAAAGAAUGACAUGCCUUUAGAAGAAGAAAAAUCUACUGAUUUUGUGUUUAUCUCUCCAGAAGAAAAUGAAGCGAAGGAAAGAAUCUUAACUGAACAUCAAAAAGAAGUACUCAAAACAAAGCGAUGUGAUAUUCCUGCAAUGUAUAAUAAUCUGGAUGUUUCACAAGAUACCUUCUUAUCUAGUCAGUACAGUCAAGAAGAGUCUAUGGAAAUUUCUACUUCUACCAAAAAAUCAAAGGAAGAUUCCAAGAUAAUGAUUAAGGAGGAGCAAAUAAAGAGUGACAUUGUCAGUUCUCAAGAUGUGAUGGAAAACUGUGGUAUGGAUGAAAAUCUUCAAAACACUCCCCUUUCAAAUAAUGAAUCUGGUUCUGUUGAUGAAACCAAUCCAAAAAUGUUGAACAUUAAUGAUGCCAAAAAAAGAGCUUUAAUUUCAUCGAAGCCCACAACUGAAUGUACAUCUAAAACAGACAACUCCUCUGUUGCCAGCAGUAGCUCCAUUUCUAGCACUACUAUGUCUGGAACUCCUCCACAGCCUACAAGUCGGAGACAAACUUUUAUUACCUUGGAGAAAUUUGAUGGUUCAGAAAAUAGACCUUUUAGCCCUUCCCCAUUGAAUGAUAUGUCAUCACCUGUUACAGUGAGAAAUAAUCAAGAAUACAUGAGUAAAUCAGACAGUGUAUCAAAGACAAAGAAAAGAGAAAUGACUCUUUCACAAUGUGACUCUGAAAAAAUAGUGAAUGGAAUUAAGAGAUCAGGCCGCAGAUGUAGUAAAGCUGAACAGUCGGGGAAUAAAAGAUCUAAGCCCUUAGUGAGGUCUAAUCAGGAGAAAAAUACUCAGGAAUCUGAAGGCAUAAUAGCUUUAGAAAAUAACCCAGCUUGUUUGCUUAAUCAAACCGAGUGUGUGUCAGAUAAUCAGACUCAUCUUUCUGAGUAUACAGUAGAAUAUGAAGAUGCAAAGCUUAAACCAACAGUAGAAAAUGUUGUAUUAUUAGAAAACAGUACUGUAGAAGAGAGAAGCACAGAGACUAAUUUAGAUUCCAAAGAAAAUACACCCCCAGCAGUAAUACCAGCAGAUCAGAUGGUAAAUGAGGAUAGUCAGGUUCAGAUAACUCCAAAUCAGAAAACACUUAGGAGAUCAUCAAGACGACGCUCAGAAAUAUCUGAGUCUACCACUGAUAGCCAAGAUAAAGAAAACAGUCAGAAAAGGGAAAGACGUAGUAAAGAAGAAGAAAAAAUUCUGCAGAAGAGUCCAUUUCAUGUUAAAGUUGAUGUGUCACCUAAGCAAAAACUGACUUCAGAACAAACUGUACAGGAAAAUUUAAUUGAGAAAGACAAUUUACUUGAGAAGACUUCGGGAGAAACCAGUGCUAAUGGUGAAAUUGACCAGAAUAAAAGAAAGUCAGACGUUGAAAAUAUUGCUUCUGAGGGAGAUGGUUCCCAGGACAUUGCAGAUAAGUCCUCUGAUAAACCAUUAAGGGGGCGAACACGUUAUCAAACAAGAAGAGCAUCUCAGGGUUUGCUUUCCAGCAUUGAAAACUCAGAAUCUGAUAGUUCUGAGGCAAAGGAAGAAGGCUCUAGAAAGAAGAGAUCUGGGAAAUGGAAAAACAAAGGCAAUGACAGUGUUGACAUUGAAGAUCAAGAAGAAAAAACAGUAAAACAAGAAUGUAUGAAAGUUGAAAAUCAGACAUAUGAUUGUAAAGCAAGUUCAGAAGUUGAUUCAGAUAUAAAAUCUCAGAUUUCUGAAAAAGGUGACAGUACUAUAAUGCUUCAAGAUUCUACAGUAUCUUCAGAUUUAUUGCAUAUUUCUGAUGAUGUACCCAAUACUCAUGAAGGGAAAAGUAAAACUACCAAAUGUGAAGAAUAUUACCUUACAAGCCCACCUGUGCCAGAAUCAAAUCUGAGGACUAGAAAUGCCAGUAAAAGAUUACAUAAGCGAGAUUCUGUUGAUGAUAACACUAUGGGAGAAUCCUCAAAAACUGGGACACCAGACAUUCCUUUGCUUUCUGAAAAAAGUCUACAAACCGUUGAAUGCCAACAUAAGAGAAGCAGGAGGGUGAGGAAAUCUAAAGGUUGUGAUUGCUGUGGGGAAAAGUCACAGUCUCAGGAAAAGUCAGUCAUUGGGUUAAAGAAUACAGAAAAUGAUGAAAAGAUUAGUGGGAUAAAAAAGAUUGAUGUACAAACAGCUGUAACUUUAUCAGAAACUUCUCAUCUGUAUUCUGAAGCAAAAUUUGUUGAUGAGCAUCACAGUGUGAAUUUUCAUUUUGAUCUCAAGGAGGAGAAUGAUACUGGUAAUGACUUACUAGUUGUACCUGAAACUGACUUGAAAGAAAGUGUUAUUCAAGAAUCUCUUCCUUCUCAAGUAAAUUUUGAAGAGAGCGAUAACAGUGUUUCCAUUGAAGUGAAAAAUGUUGAAAGCCAAGAGCCAGCUAAUAAAAAAUUUAGAUCUGUUGGACCAUGUAUAGGUGAUCCCAAGAACAUUCAACAGGAAUGUUCCCCUUUUGAAACUGAAGAAAAACUGGAAGGUGCCCCCCAAAAAGAGUCAACCAUUGUUAAUGACAAGAAUUCAUAUAAAGUAAUGGUAGACUCUAAUCCAGAGGAAAUGGAAGCUAUGAAAUUGGAUGGAGAAAAUGAAAAACUUGAAGUUAGUUCCUCUGAGCAAGAGAAUGCCAAAGCUGAUUUGGUUGGAAAGGCAGCAGUAGCAGAAAAUAGUGAACGAAGUGAUGAAUCGGAACCAGACAGAGCUGAGAUACUGAAUACUGAAAAAACUGCAGCUGAGGAAUUUAAUGUGAGUAUUGAUCUUUCUGAGAAUACACACAUAAAACUGGAUGCUCAAAACAAGACUCCUGAACAAUCAGUUGUUGACGUAGGUGGAGGAAGGGAUGAAUCUAAUCAAGGCUCAUCUGAAGAGAUAAAUGCCAACCUGGGCAGCUGUGACGAAGCAGUGAUCAGUGAUGUGAAUGCUGAAACUGACCAUGUCAAGGAAAUGGAGGACAGAGACAUGAUUAUGAAAAUCUCUAAGCCUGAAGAAGCUGAAAUAAAGAGGUUGAAUGUAGAAACUGAUGCUGUUCCUGAUGCACUUGAAAUGAAUGCUAAGGAACAAAAGGUUGACUCUGAGAAAACAGAAACAAAUAAUGAACUUGAUAAACUUGAACAAACGAAAUCAGAUGACAAUCAAAUGGUCCUGGAAAAUGAUACUUUACAGGAUGUUCAUCACACUUCAAAGAAAGUGGAGGAACCAUUACAUUCCUUGACAUCUGAAGCUGUUGUCUCUGAACUGAUAAGAGAAGACAAUAAUGUGUCUCCUCAAAAAUUAAGGGAACUUGAUCCUUUACUUAUGUCAGCAAAUGAAAGUCCAAGUGGCAUGCAGACUCGUUGUGUGUGGUCUCCUUUGGCUUCUCCAUCCACCAGCAUUUUAAAGAGGGGACUAAAAAGACCUCAAGAGGAUGAAAAUUCAUCACCUGUUAACAAGGUUCGCCGUGUCUCCUUUGCAGAUCCAAUAUACCAAGCAGGAUUGGCAGAUGACAUUGAUAGACGAUGCUCUGUUGUUAGGUCCCAUCCUUUAAAUAACUCUCCCAUUGCAAAAAGUGUUAAAAUUUCACCCACUGUACAAUCUAAGCAUAAUACCACUUCAACCAAAGGAUUUCUGUCCCCAGGAUCACGUAGCCCUAAAUUUAAGAGCUCAAAGAAGUGUUUAAUUACAGAAAUGGUGAAAGAAUCUGUGCCAUGCCCAACAGAAAGUGUUUACCCAGCAUUGGUGAACUGUGCAGCACCAGUUGACAUCAUUUUACCUCAGAUUACAUCAAACAUGUGGGCAAGAGGCCUGGGACAACUUAUUAGAGCCAAGAAUAUAAAAACAAUUGGUGAUUUGAGUACUCUUACAGCUUCAGAAAUAAAAACUCUUCCUAUCCGUUCUCCAAAAGUGUCUAAUGUAAAAAGGGCACUCAGAGUAUAUCAUGAGCAACAGGUGAAGUCUCAUGGAUUAGAAGAGAUUCCAGUUUUUGAUAUUUCUGAAAAAACAGUAAAUGGAAUAGAAACUAAAUCUUCAGAUGAUGAAAGACUUGCUUCAGAUUUGGCUGAUCCUGUUACUUUAGAAACUCCAUUUUCUAAAAAUCUUAUGGCACAAAUUAGUGCUCUUGCUCUUCAGUUAGAUUCAGAAGAUCUCCAUAAUUACUCAGGAAACCAGCUAUUUGAAAUGCAUGAGAAACUUGGUAGUAUGGCAAACUCUAUAAUAAAAAAUCUGCAGUCACGUUGGAAGUCAUCAGCCCAUGAAAAUUCUAUUUAGUAUUUCAAGAGAACUGAAGCCUCACUGGAUUUCUUCUUGAUUGACUAAGUUCAGAAGUAUAGCACAAUUUCAAAGAGACUAUUGCAAAGAUGGUAAUGUUUCAAAACACUGAGGGGCAAUAUUUUAUUAUGUAAGUUAGAUUUGUAAUUUCAUUAUGUGUCCCCCCCCCCCCCCCAUGUAAUUUUCCUGGCUGCUGUGCUGUUUUCAAACUUCAGUAUCUUACCAAGAUGUGAAACUAGAAACAAAAGUAUAGAUGUUUUGCACUUUCUUCAACUCAUGCAUAUUCUAGUGAAAUAUGUAAUACUGAAUGCUUUAAGUAAAAUUGAAACAUUUUUGAAUUUUUGCUGAACUAAUUGUACAAAUUAUUUGUAUUUGUGGUGAAAUUUAGGAAAUUGUUCUUUGAAAAGCACCUCAAAUGGGAUGUAAUUGAACUGUACUUUUUUCUUAAGAUAACAACUUAGGACAAUUUAUGAGGAAAAAUACCAGAAGUUUUAAUUUCUGAGGGCAAAAUAUUCAAAAUAUACUAAGAUUUCAUUGAUUAGCAAACAUUGUGCAGCAAAAGUUGCCUGUGAAAAUUUACUCUUUAGACGAUAGUAUUCAUUUUUAAAUGCACAAAUUUGUACAUUAUGUAUAGAUGACAAUAUUUUUAAUUUAUAAAUUUCAGCCUUCGUUAAUUGCAUGAAUUUUCUGCAGCUUCUGUGAAUACAUUGGUUUGUUUGACAGAUACAUUUUGUAUAUAUUUAAAACUGAAGUAUCAGUAGACAGAAGUGCUUCAUGGGCUUGCUGCAGAUACUUGUAGUAUUCUGUAUCUACAAAUAAAAUAGCACAUAGUUUUUUACUUAGUUAACAGAUGAGUUUAUUUUUUAAGGUAACUAGAAUGACUAAAAUUACCAAAAUGAGAAAAUGUUACAUGACAACCUUGCUAUUCAUAUGCUUAACAUUUUCCCCCCUUUUUGGUUUGGAAGAAGAUAUCACCCACUAGAAAGCGUGCCUCGUUAAAUUUCUUCUUAAUGGAGAGUUAGUUUGACUAUUGUCAUUGCAGGUUGGACUAUAAGAAGUCUAAAAUUUAUCUGCUAUUGUCAUUUAUACCUAAAAACUUGAAAAAAGUUAAAUUGUUCUUUUAUAUAUGUAUGUUUUGCCUGGUUUAAAAAAAUAGGGUGUAUAUAAUUAAAACAUUUUAAGUUUUAUCAACCUA